UUUCCUUGUUCCCUACUCCUACCCCAAAUGCUUUCUGUCUCUAUACCAGUUGGACGGGGACAGAGCAGGACAAUAAACAGAUACUAGUGUGAAGACGUACUGUAUAAGGGCAUCAGAGCAGCGUGUAACUCGAGGAGCAAGCAUAACUUCUUAAAGAACUACUCCAAGGACCUCUAUUUUUACAGUUCCAGAGGACUGACAUAUUUUGGCUGACCGGGAGAAACGGAUUUAACCAUGAAGUUCAGUGUGGCACUGUUUUUUGCUGGGCUCUUUGGUGCCUUUGGGGCAAUUUUCAUCCUCAUAUCAUUUGGUACAGAUUAUUGGCUCUUGGCUCGUGAGACUUGCAAACCAGAUUCUCAGUUGAAUAAGACUGAGGAUUUGAACCAGCCUGAAGAUCAGGGAAAUUUUUCCAUCUUUUAUCAUGAGGGCUUCUUUUGGCGCUGCUCAUUUAAAGGCAGAGAGGAGAAUGACCUAAUUUUGAAGUUCUUUUUUACAAACCAGCCACAGUCCAAAAUGUGUGAACAAGCCUACCUGUCUCCAUUCCCUGUGUCUGAACAGACCCACAAUGCAACCACUUAUGAGUCUGCCAUCAUCUACAGAGGUUUCUGGAGUGUCUUUGUGUUGUUGGGUGUGGCUGCAGUUAUCUUGGGUGGCUUCAUCAUAAUCUGUGGUGCUCCAUUCACCAAUUCCUGCCUCUAUAAAGCAGGUGGCGGACUCUUCCUAACAGCUGGUUUCUUCGCCCUUCUUGCCACUGUGCUGUUUGUCAUCUGGUUGGAGCUAAUGAAUGUGGUGGAUUUAUAUAAGGAGUAUCGAAGAAGCCAUUGUUUAUUCUUUCAGCUGGAUAUUACUUAUGGCCUUUCUUUUAUGUUUGCCCCAGUGGGCGUGUUCUUCUGCUUUCUCUCAGGCAUGCUCUUCCUCCUGAUUGGACGGGCACUAAAGCAGCAUAACUGCUAAGCAUCUUGAUGAUUAGCGGAAUGUUGUUUAUGAUUAUGUAGCAGGAUAAUGGCAUUAAGACAGAUGUAAACAUCUUUCUAUUCUUUGUUAGAUGUGGUGAUGUAUUUAUCCUGACUGAGAAAGAUUCUGAGAAAAUAAAUCGUUUUUAUGUUUUCA